AAAACAGAAAUACAACUUAUUUAUACAAUUAACUGGGAAAAAGGCGUUUGAAAAUCCUUUUCUAUACAAGUUUUCGAAAAAGUAACAACUUCCAAUGCUUUAAGACAAAGUCUUGAUCAUCGUCUUGGCAUUUUCUGCUCCAAAAAUCCGCCAAAAUGAUGGAACUAUCCUUGAACCGAUGUGACUACUUGCAGGUUGGGGUCACAUCGCCUAAAACUAUGAAGCUGUUGUCGUCUGGGGGCAAGAGAAGCACGCAAAAGGUUGCUAUUGCUGACAAUGAUGGUGUAUUAACCUGCUUUGGUAUGAAGAAAAAGACAUCACAGAUUGUUUUCAAGACACUGCCAACCUCACCUAUAACACGGCUUUGCCUGGGUGGACUAGAUGGUCCCUCAGUAGAUAAAAUAUUUGUCACAUCAGGUGCUGAAGUGAGAGGCUAUACCAAGAAAGGAAAGCAGUUCCUAGGCUUUGAUACCAAUCUGACCGAAAGCAUACAGUCCAUGCAUGUUUAUGAAGCAGAUCUUUUUCUGUGUGGCAAUUAUAUCUACAAUCACUACAAAGAUUGCAAGGAUGAAAACUACUUUCUCUCAGGAGAUAAAAUCAAUGAUGUUAUUACCCUACCUCCAAAAAGAAAUGGUGAGCAGUUUCCUAUACUUGCUUGUCAAGACAGAGUUCUCAGGGUGUUGCAGGAUUCAGAUUUGUUGUACGAGGUAGAAGUUGCUGGUCCUCCUCUUGUGUUGGCUCUUGGAAAUGGCAAUGGAGGUGCAAGCAGAGAGGAUGUCAUCUAUGGAACAUCAGAUGGCAAGAUAGGACUGGUGCAGAUAGGAAGAAAUGCACCCAGUCACAAGUGGGAGAUUGCCAAUGAGAAGAGGAAUGGAAGUGUUCUGGCACUUGAGAUGUAUGACAUGACAGCGGAUGGUGUUGCCGAUGUUCUAAUUGGCCGUGAUGAUGGUCUUGUGGAAGUGUUUGGUUUUGACGAGAUGGAAGAACCUGUUCAAAGAUACUCACAGGCAUUAAGUGAGAGUGUGACAUCAAUCUGUGGAGGAUGUGUAAACACUGGUGGCUAUGAUGAAGUAGUAGUGGGUACCUAUGCUGGAUGGGUGGUAGGACUGACUACAGAACCUCAGCAGAAGGAAGCAGGACCUAGUGUUGCAGAGCAAGAACCAGUCAGUGACGAAGCACAGGCAAAAAUCAAUAGCUUGAGAGAGGAUAUUGAGAUGCUUCAACAGCAAGUGCUCAAAGAAAGAGAAAAGUAUCAGUACACUGCUCAGUCGUCAUCAGCAUUAUCAGCAAUCCCACAGUUUGCAAUCAAUGAUAGAUUUGCACUUAACAGAGAUGAUGCUAGCUACACCUUGAGCAUUGAAGUACAGAUACCUAUUGAUAAUGUUUUAUUACAGAGUGAUGUUCCUAUUGAUCUUCUGGAUGUUGACAAAAAUUCUGCUGUGGUGAGCUACAGUGCUUGCGACGUGGAAAAUGGCAACUAUCUUUUGGCAACUUACAGAUGUCAAGCCAAUACAACUAGACUGGAACUCAAGAUACGCUCCAUAGAAGGACAGUUUGGGACACUACAAGCAUACAUCACACCACGUAUUCAACCAAAGACAUGUCAAGUCAGACAAUAUCCUAUCAAACCCCUCUCUCUUCACCAGCGUACACAUGUGUUUAAUGAGGACAAACCAAUGAAUUCCCUCAAGCUGACUGGUCAGUUCAGCUUAGCCGAAGUUCACUCAUGGGUUUGCUUCUGCCUUCCAGAGGUUCCUGAAAGGACACCGGCUGGUGAUCAAGUGACUUUUCAUUUUCUUUCUACCUUUCUGGACACCCAGCUUGACUGUACUUACAGGAAAGGAGAGGCUGUCUUCAGGUCUGACAACAUCUCUACCAUCUCUAUUCUCAAGGAUGUACUGACUAAGGAAGCUACAAAACGGAAAAUCAACUUGAAUAUAUCUUAUGAUUUGAGUGAAGAGUCUGUGGUUCAUACUCUAAAUCUCAUUCAUCCUAAAUUGGAAUACCAGUUAUUGUUGGCAAAGAAGGUGCAGCUUAUUGAUGCUCUUAAGGAACUACAAGUACAUGAGAAUGACCUCUCUUUUUUUGCCCCUGAGUACCAAUCUAUUUUAGAGGAAGCAGAUAAAUUACAAGCAGAAUACAAAAAGCAGCCAUGUCAUCUUGAACGACUAUAUGGGAUGAUCACAGAUCUGUAUAUUGACAAGUUCAAAUUCAAGGGAAUGAAUGUGAAAAACAAAGUCCCAAUGUUGCUGGAGAUUCUCGAUAACUAUGAUUUACAGAACCUAUGUAACUUCUUUGAAUCCUGAUUUGAAACUGGUAAAUAGUGAGGAAAUUGAAUCUCUGUCAGUGUUUGUAGACUUUCCCUGGAUUCAAGACAGAACUGACAAAGAAAAAUAAACAAACAAAUAAUAGAAAGAAUAAAAGGGAG